AUGUCAACAGCUUCUAUAGAGCCUUUUAAAUUGCUCUAUGAGGCGUUGCAAACGCUGUACUCAAAUUCGUCCCGUAAGGAGAAAGAACAGGCAAACAAUUUUCUUGAAGAAUUUCAAAAAAGUAAGGAUGCAUGGACGACAACACAUGCAGUUUUGCAGGAUAGCAGGGCAUCGGUUGAAGCAAAGCUUUUUGCAGCACAGACAUUGAGAAAUAAGAUUAACUUUGAUUUUCACCAACUUCCAAGUGAAAGCCUUCCUUCGUUAAGGGACUCUCUUCUUCAGCUUAUACUUUUGUAUCGUGCUGGACCUAAAUCGAUUAUGAUUCAAUUAUGUGUUGCAUUGGCGGGUUUAGCAUUGCAGAUGUUAGAAUGGAAAGAUGUGAUGAAUGAUGUUGUUUCAGUUUUUGGAAAAGAUAAAAGUACAUGGGGUUGUUUAUUACAGUUUAUUUCCGUUUUGCCUGAAGAAGUUGAUAAUAAAAAAUGUUUGCUUUCUGAAGAAGAGCUUAAAUUUCGUUCAAAAGAGCUUUUAUCAGAUAAUUUGGAUAAAGUUAUUGAGCUUCUGUUGCUUUAUGUACAAAAUAUUGAUGUCAAUUUGUCCAUUAACCCUUUGAUAUUUGAUUGCAUAAGUUCGUGGUUAAAGGAAACGCACCUUAGUAGUCUUGUCUCCACACCACUGUUGGAUUUUAUUUUUUCAUCUCUUUCUUUGGAUAAUAUAUUUGAAUCAGUGAUUGAUUUAUUGUGUUCUAUUGUCCGUGAAACAUCUGAUGUUGAUGAGUGUUUGGUUAUGAUUGAAGAAUUAUAUAUGCGUCUUCAGAUGUUAAGGCCUAAAAUAAUCCAAAGCAAAAAUGAUCCAGAUGCUUUUAGGGGUUAUGCUCGAUUAUUUUGUGAGGCUGGAGAAACAUGGGUAGUUUUAAUUGCUCGUUCACCGCAACAUUUUAGGUCUUUGGUUGAAUGUAUAGCACUGUUUGCUGAAAUGGAUGAUGAAUUGGAAAUAGUUAAAUAUGGAUUUAAUUUUUGGUAUGAUUUAAAGCAGUUUCUUGUUUUGAAAGCAUAUGCCGAAGCAAGAACAGUUUUUUCAGAUAUAUAUUCUAAUUUAGUGGAUAUAAUGAUCCGUGAUUUGCAUUAUCCUGAUGGUAAUCCUGAAGAUUUAUUUGGUGGUGAUAGGGAAAGUGAGGAAAAAUUUCGGAGUUUUAGGCAUCAAAUGGGUGAUGUUUUAAAAGAUUGUUGUGCAGUUAUAGGCGAUGAUGUUUGUUUGAAAAAAGCAUUUGAAAAGGUAAAAAAAUUUUUAAAUAAUAGUGAAAACGGUAUACUAGUUAAAUGGCAAGAAAUAGAAGCCCCAUUGUUUAGUAUGAGAGCAAUGGCUAGAGAAGUUGAUAUAGGUAAUAAUCAAAUUCUUCCUGAGAUUAUGUCAAUUCUUACAAAAUUGCCUAAUCAUGAAAAAAUUAUUUAUGCUGCUACAUUGCUUUUAGGAAGAUACACUGAAUGGACAGCAAAUCAUCCAGAAUAUUUGGAGCUUCAAUUGAACUAUAUAUGUAAUGGUUUUCAAGCAUCUAAUAGAGAUAUUGUGAGUGCUGCAUCACAAGCACUUAAGCAUUUUUGUCAAGAUUGUGGAAAGCUUCUCGUUAGUCAUAUUACUCAAUUACAAUUGUUUUAUCAAAAAGUGGCACCUGUUUUAGACGUAGAUUCUCUUUUUGAUGUUACUGAAGGUGUCGCUUAUCUUGUUUCUGCACAACCUAUACAUCAAGUAUAUGAUACCUUGAAACUUUUUUGUGAACCUAUUACUAAAAAUCUUCUGUCUAUGCUUCAAAAGCAUGAUACUGAUACUAAAUUUUAUCACUCUGUAGCAGAUGAAGUUGAACUUCUUACUAUAUUUGCUCAAGUUGUAUCGCCUUAUGUUCCGUUAGAACAGCAACAUCCUUGUAUAACAUUAUUUCAAGAACUUUGGCCUGUCAUAUCUCAUUUACUUGAUGUUUAUGGAUCAUUACUUAUUAUUUCUGAGAGUAUAUGUAAAUUUCUUAAGGCAUUGUUUAAUUCUUAUCGUGAGCAUAUGCUUGUAUUCCUUCCUCUUUUAGCUGAAAAGUUGGUUAUGUGUUUUGAAAAAACGGAGUAUGGUUGUUUUUUAUGGGUUAGUGGUGCAUGUAUACGAAUAUUUUCAAAUGCAGAGACAUGUUCUGAGAAUACUCGAGCUUCAAUUUGGCAGUUUACUGAGAGGCAAUGUUUGGCUAUGUUUUCUAUUUUGAAUAGAACUAAUCCCAAGGAAAUUCCUGACGUAGUUGAUGAUUUCUUUAGACUUCUUAUUGAUGCAUUGUUUGGUCAUUCUGUUUGUUUAAUAACUUCAUCAUUGUUGGAUCUUAUUGUUCAGGCAUCUUUGGUUUCUUUAUCGUUAGAACUUCCCGAUCCGUUAAUUUCUGUUCUUCAUUUUCUAAGAGAUCUCCUUUCAUAUUCAGUUUCUUCUGCUUUGACUUUUUCUGAAACAUCUUUACAACUUCAAACAAUAGUUAGAAAUAUGAUGCAAAAGUACAAUCAACAAUUAAUAACAUCUAUCUUUUAUGGCUUAGUAUAUUCUUUUCCGCGUGACUGUGUUCCAGAUGCAUCGGGAGUAUUACUUUCUUUAAUAGAAACUUAUUCUGAAGAUUCAAUAAAAAAUAUUGGUGUUACUUUAGAUCUUUUUCCUUCAGAAACUAUAAGUUCUCAGGAAAGAACACGUUUGUUGACGGAUUUAACAAAUGCGGCUAUGCAAACUGAUUGGAAAAAAAUAAGAAGGUUAUUACAGGAUUGGGUAGCUUUUUAUAGAAGAAGAGUUGUUACGCCUCGAAAUAAGACUUUUCGAUUGAAGAAUUUUGAUGAAGUAGGUUUUAAUUUUGAUGAUAGGCAUUAG